UUGUGAGUGUGGAGAGUCGGGAGGCCCACCUGAGCGCCCUGGUCAUGGAGGCGGAGCAGCGUGUGGGGGACUUGGCGUCUGCAGCCCAGAGGGACGGCCUGUCCCUGGAGGCGGUCCAGCAGGACAGGACGCUCCGGGCCUGGGAGUGGAGGAGCCGGCUGUACCGACGCAUGAGCACGGGCCUCCAGCAAGCUACUCCCCCGGAGGCCCCGUCCAUGGUCCGUCUGAGCGUGAGCAGCAGCACGGCCCUGAGCGUUGCCUUCCAGGAGCCGACCAGUCUCAACUCCACCGUGGUGACCAAAUACAGAG